UAUGGAACAUUAAAAGUUAAACCGCGGGAACUAGAUGAGUGCCACUGAAAGUCUGAAACCAGAAGGAAAAAGGAGAAGAAGUUAGGGAUGACGAUGGGAAUGGAAGUAGACGUUGUGGAAGAAGAGCUGCUAAAGGAGCCUCCAAAAAUUCAGAGACUAGAUCAGUCGGUGGUGAAUAGGAUCGCGGCAGGAGAAGUGAUCCAACGGCCAGUAUCGGCCGUAAAGGAGUUGGUGGAGAACAGCCUCGACGCCCAAUCCACCUCCAUAAAUGUCGUAGUCAAGGACGGUGGCCUUAAGCUCAUCCAAGUCUCCGAUGACGGCCACGGAAUUCGCUACGAGGACUUGCCCAUACUGUGUGAGAGGCACACGACCUCCAAGUUGUGUGAAUUUGAGGAUUUAAAGUCGAUAAAGUCAAUGGGUUUCAGAGGGGAGGCAUUGGCAAGCAUGACCUAUGUUGGUCAUGUUACUGUCACCACCAUAACCAAAGGACAGUUGCACGGUUACAGGGUAUCAUACAGAGAUGGUGUCAUGGAGCAUGAACCAAAGCCUUGUGCUGCUGUAAAAGGAACGCAGAUAAUGGUAGAGAAUUUGUUCUACAACAUGAUUGCUCGGAGGAAGACACUACAAAACUCUGCUGAUGAUUAUUCAAAAAUUGUAGACUUGCUAAGCCGAUUUGCUAUUCACCACACAAACGUGAGCUUUUCUUGCAGAAAGCAUGGAGCUGCUAGAGCUGAUGUUCACUCAGUGGCCACUUCGUCGAGGCUUGAUUCCAUCAGAUCUGUGUAUGGGGUGUCAGUUGCUUUGAAUUUGAUGAAAGUAGAAGCUUCAGAAAAUGACCCUUCCAGUGCGGUCUUUGAGAUGGAUGGACUUAUCUCCGAUUUAAAUUAUGUUGCGAAGAAAAUAACAAUGGUGCUUUUUAUAAAUGAUAGAUUGGUGGAUUGUACAGCUUUGAAGAGAGCUAUCGAAAUUGUUUACGCUGCGACAUUGCCAAAAGCAUCCAAACCCUUCAUAUACAUGUCUAUUGUACUGCCACCAGAGCAUGUUGAUGUGAAUGUACACCCCACAAAGAGAGAGGUGAGCCUUUUGAACCAGGAAGCUAUAAUUGAAAAGAUACAAUCAACAGUUGAGUCUAAAUUGAGAAACUCAAAUGACACAAGGACAUUCCAAGAACAGACUGUGGAGUCUUCAACAUCUGCUACUAUUGGUACAAAUAAAGAUCUGCAUCUCAAUCCCUCACCCUCUGGGUUGAAGUUGGCAAAAGUUCCGGUGCAUAAAAUGGUUAGAACAGAUUCAUUGGAUCCAGCUGGAAGGUUGCAUGCCUAUUUGCAUGAGAAGCCUGCAGACCAAUUUGAUGGAAACUCUAGCCUAACUGCUGUGAGGUCCUCUGUCAGGCAAAGAAGGAACCCAAAGGAAAGUUCUGACAUUACUAGUGUUCAACAGCUUAUCGAUGAGAUUGAUGGCAAUUGUCAUUCAGGUUUGCUAGACAUUGCACGACACUGCACGUAUAUUGGAAUGGCAGAUAAUGUUUUUGCAUUGCUUCAACACAAUACUCAUCUUUAUCUUGCAAAUGUAGUGAACUUAAGCAAGGAGCUUAUGUAUCAGCAGGUUCUGCGCCGUUUCUGUCAUUUUAAUGCUAUCCAACUAAGUGAUCCUGCUCCCCUGUCAGAGCUGAUUAUGUUGGCCCUGAAAGAGGAAGACUUAGAUCCAGAAAGCAUAGAAAAUGAUGACCUGAAGGAGAAGAUUGCAGAUAUGAAUACAGAAUUGCUUAAGAAGAAGGCUGAAAUGCUGGAGGAAUUUUUUUGCAUUUAUAUUGAUGAACAGGGGAACUUGUCUAGGAUUCCUGUAAUACUUGACCAGCACACACCUGACAUGGAUCGCGUUCCUGAAUUUGUACUUUGUUUGGCCAAUGAUGUUGAUUGGGAGGAUGAAAGGAAUUGCUUUCAAACAAUUGCAGCUGCUCUUGGAAACUUUUAUGCCAUGCAUCCCCCUCUGUUGCCCAAGCCAUCAGGCGAUGACUUGCAAUUUUACCGAAAGAGAAAACCAGUCAGGAUUCCUCAGGAUGAAGAAACUCCCUCUUAUGAUAUGGAGAAAAACUUUGAUACGGAGAGUAAAAUGGAGCUUGAACAGAAAAACCUUGAUAUGGAGAGUGAAAUGGAGGUUGAAUUACUUUCGGAGGCAGAGACUGCAUGGGCCCAGCGUGAAUGGUCAAUCCAGCAUGUACUGUUUCCAUCCAUGAGACUCUUUUUCAAACCACCAUCCUCAAUGGCAACAAAUGGAACUUUUGUACAGGUAGCGUCGUUGGAGAAGCUGUACAAGAUUUUUGAAAGAUGCUAAUGGGGAUAAGUUCUAUCUGGACCUAACGAGAGAGGACUAGCUGAUCGCAGUUAUUAUGCGAGUUUUUUGGUGUUCAGAGUAGCUUACAUGCUCAUUUUUGCCUGAUAUGAUACUUUUCCCUGCCAACUUCCAUUACAAGGUGGUGAUAGCUUUUCCUUUUGAACAUGAAUCAAUGUAGAAUGUUAUUCACAAUUAGUGGGCCGGUUAGUUUGGGCUUCCCAACUAAUCGCAACCCACCUUUUCUUUCAAACGCCCUAUAUUGAAAGCCCAGUGUGCCCAACAUGGGCCCUGUCGCAAUCCAUAUUUUUGCCUCUAUCGAAAUCUGGACCAGAUUUGGUUCAUUGAAUCUCUGAACAAAUCUGGAUGUGGAUUUGUUGGAUGCCAUCCACCACCAGCUAUGUGCAUCA